AUGGGCGCAGGACGCCAAGGAGUGAUUGACUUGUACAAGACGCUACUUUAUAUGGGACGAGACUAUCCUCAAGGUUACGACUUUUUCCGUUCACGGUUGAAAAAAGCUUUCCAACGUAACAGCGACAUUAGUGAUCCCGAACAAAUAAAGAUGCUGGUCAAACGUGGCGAGUUUGUCGUCAAAGAGAUCGAAGCCCUCUACAUGCUCAAAAAAUACAGAACAUUAAAAGAUAGAUAUUCUACGGAGAAGGAUCAAUAA